GGAGAAGCUGCUGCCGAGGUCCCCACAAUCUCCUAUUUCUUCAGUUUCAAUUCUUGAUCGUUUCAAUCAUCUUAAGUUCCAUCUUCUAUUGUCCUCCGGUUAAUUUGCACUUGCUUUCUGGAAAGAUGGAGAUAGAAUCACGCGCAGGCCUUUUCAAACUCUGGAACCAGCUUGAGUUGCACGAAUUACCAGAAAAAUUCGUCAUUAGAGCCGUCGAUUCACCAAAUCUAGGCUUCUCCAUCAGCCGGUCGGACGGCCAAGUCCAUUCUCUCCAAGAUGAUCAUGUUUUAAGCAGUACAUCGAAAGUCUCUACUAUAUAUGGGGUCGUUGGAACCAUCAGGCUACUUGCAGGCACAUAUUUAUUGGUGAUAACUUCUCGAAAGGAAAUUGGUGAUUACCUUGGGUUCCCUGUUUACCAAGUGACAUCUAUGAAAUUUUUGGGCUGCAAUGAGUCUUUAAAACUUUCGACAUAUCAAGAGAAAAAGGAUGAGGCAUAUUUCAGGAACUUAUUGAGAAUAGUAGAAUCGACCCCAGGCUUGUAUUAUUCAUAUGAGACAGAUUUAUCACUGAACUUACAAAGGAGAUUUAAGCUUGCUGAAGGGUGGAUGAGCAAGCCAAUUUGGAAGCAGGGUGACCCGCGAUUUGUAUGGAACAGGAACAUUUUGGAGGAUCUUAUUGAGAACAAGCUUGAUGAUUUCAUCAUCCCUCUAAUACAAGGAAGCUUUCGGAUCGGACAGCUGAAGAUAAAAAACGAACCUGCCACGAUUACACUAGUUUCAAGGAGGUGUACGCGACGUUUAGGGACAAGAAUGUGGAGAAGAGGAGCUAACAUGAAUGGGGAUACUGCAAACACCAUUGAAACUGAGCAGCUGUUGGAGCAUAAAGGUUUUAGAUCCUCAUUUCUGCAGAUUCGAGGUUCAAUUCCACUCCUAUGGGAGCAGAUUGUUGAUUUGAGCUAUAAACCUAGUCUAAACAUAAUCAGUCAUGAGGAAACACCAAAGAUCGUGGAACGACAUUUUCAUGAUCUUAUGCAAAGAUAUGGAGAUGUUAUAGCAGUUAACCUUACUGAUAAGGAUGGAGAUGAGGGUCGACUGAGCGCUGCAUAUGCUGCUGAAAUGCAAAAGCUGAACAGUGUGAGAUAUGUGUCCUUUGAUUUCCAUCAUGUCUGUGGCAAUUCAAAGUUUGACCAGAUACAUGUUCUUUACGAUGAAAUAGCAGAGGACUUCGAAAAGCAUGGAUAUUUCCUCGUAGACACAGAAGGGAAGAUACUAGUAGAGCAGAAAGGAAUUGUAAGAUCAAAUUGCAUUGAUUGCCUCGACCGGACAAAUGUUACACAGAAUUACCUGUCUCAAAAAUCUUUGAAUUUUCAACUGCAACGUAUUGGCGUUCUUUCGUCAACCGAGUGCAUUUCCACGUUCCCUGAAGAAUACACUAUUUUCAAGACAUUGUGGGCUGACCAAGGAGAUGAAAUAAGCCUUGAAUACUCAGGGACCUAUGCCCUGAAGGGAGAUCUUGUUAGAUAUGGAAAGCAAACCAUGUCAGGUCUAAUCAGAGACGGAAUCAGUGCAAUCUCAAGAUACUAUUUAAAUAACUUUCAUGACGGUGUUCGACAGGACGCAAUGGAUCUAAUAAGUGGGCGAUACACUGUGAGUAGAAGCAGUCCAUCACCGUUCCAGCUAAACGCAUUCGAGUCCAUCUCCUAUCUUCCGUUUGCAUCUGCUAUUCUAAUUGGAGGAUUAACACUGACAUCUAUUACAGUGAAUCAAGCUAGCAGAAAUGCACAGCAUUUUGUGACAUCAGUAGUAUGUGCUGGAGCAACUGCUGGAGUAAUGGCCAUAGUGAAGGCUAAUGGAAGACAAUUCUGCUCCAGACCCCGCUUGUGUGGCCUUCUGUAAAGUAUAUUCUACUCUUUAUACUUUAAUGUAUAUUAUAAUUAUAAUAAUGCUUAUUUGUUCUAUUAAAUGGAGUAUGGUGUAAUAUUGUUGUAUACAAUAUACAAUAAAUAAUUCACAUGAACAUGAAUGAUGAUGUUAUUGUUAAUGUAUUGUUUUAGACCAA